AUGCAAGUGCUAGCUUUAUUCGUCUUCGUGUGGCUCCUUAACGAAGUCCGGGGCGUUAUCAGAACACCCCUUGAAGCCUUCAGGCCCUCAGCCGAAAUACACAUACGUCGACCGGACAAAUUGCCUCUUCUACCUCAUAGAAGGACGAUGCAACAGAAAAGCGGGCUUAAGAUUCUGUACCAAACAGGCAUGUCAGAAGAAGAUUUGCCAGAUUGCAGAGCAAGACAAGUCUGCAGUAAAGUCGACCUUUAUGAUUCGGCCCAGCCUUGGAUUGAACGAAAAUGUCGGUGUUUGGGACACAGGCCUUGUUCUAGUGAUUUGUCGUCGGAUGAUAACCAUACUCUCGCCGAUAAGACAACACUAUACAAGACCUGUGAACCAGUGAGGCGAUUGCCAAAAUGCCGGUACUUCAAGGACGCGGCAUGGACCAUAUUCUCAUUGCCAGAUAGCAAUGCUACCCAACAAAUAGUUAAUUGCCACUGUCCAAAGUCUUCAGUUACAUAUCUUCUUAAGAAAUUGCCUUACACGACACCUAGCGGCGAACAAGGCAACCAGUAUCAAUUCGCGUGCUCGCCACAAAGCCGAUUGAGGUGUUCGCGAAAAGAACCAUGCCGGCUAUUCAGCGCUAGGCGUCGCCACGAACAGAUAGACGAAGUGAACGCAAGUACAAUCUGUCAAUGCCCACGAGAUCACACGUGUCCCAAACACCAUACAGAACCAGGUGUGCUGCCAGGAGUCACCUACGUCGCUGAAGAUAUCCGCACCUACCACGGCUACUGCAUGCCAGAACCGCCCCCUGAUAGCUACAGGUUCGUUGGAGACAAAGACUGA